AUGACCAAAAAUGCUUUAGAUUUUCUUGCCUUCUCUUUCCUUCCUUCUUUCUUUCGUUCUUUCUCUUUCUUUCGUCCCUUCUUUCUCUCGUUCCUUCCUGCAGUCCUUCUUUCAUUCUUAUUUCAGAUUAUCUGUCUUUCAUCAGAUUUUCUUUCCUUCCCUUUCCUUCUUUCUUUCUCUUCUUUCUCUUCUUUCUUUCUUUCUUUCUUUUCUCGGAUAUUAUUUUAUCGGUCACGUCUCUCUCUAUCUAUCUAUCUCAGUCUAUUCACAUCUAUGUAUCUAUCCCUGUCUGAUCAUAUCUAUCAAUGUCAUUCUGUUCCUAUCUAUCUAUCUAUCUAUCUAUCUAUCUAUCUCAUUCUGUUCAUAUCUAUCUAUCUAUCUCAUUCUGUUCAUAUCUAUCUAUCUAUCUCAUUCUGUUCAUAUCUAUCUAUCUCAUUCUGUUCAUAUAUAUCUAUCUAUCUAUCUAUCUAUCUAUCUAUCUUAUUCUGUUCAUAA